UUACAAAUCGGAUUUGUUAUCCAAAUCGGAAAUGUCACAAUUUCUCUAAGUUAUUAAUUUCACGGAAGCUUCUUUUUCAAUGGCGAUUUCUCUCCCCACCGCCUUUGCCUAUCCUCGUUUCUCACCGGAAUCUUCUAACUCCGUUUCACCUUCAUCGACGCUAUCUUCUCUCUCAUUUCUGCGCUUACCUGCUCAGAUUCGCCGGUUCAAGAGUGUUCAAUCACCGUCGUCGUCGUCGUCGAAUCGCUUCCCUUCACUCGCUGUUAGAGCAAAGAAGCAAACUUUCAACUCUUUCGAUGAUUUGUUGCAGAACUCUCACAAACCUUUACUAGUAGACUUCUAUGCCACAUGGUGUGGUCCAUGUCAGCUUAUGGUACCUAUACUUAAUGAAGUGAGUGAAACUCUGAAAGAUAAGAUUGCAGUUGUGAAAAUUGAUACUGAGAAGUACCCAAGUCUUGCUAACAAAUACCAGAUUGAGGCUUUACCCACAUUCAUCUUAUUCAAAGAUGGAAAACUCUGGGACCGUUUCGAGGGUGCGUUGCCAGCGAACCAACUCGUUCAACGUAUUGAGAAUUCUUUGCAAGUGAAGCAAUAAAUAUGAGAAACCAAGAAAACCGUAUUCAUCUAUGAACAAUCCCUUGUGACAAAAGCCCUUGUCAAUUGUUGCUAGGUACAUAGUCAAUAUAUUCAUAUAUGUAGUCAAUAUAUUCAUAUAUGGUACCAGCCAUUUUUUCUUUUUUUUAGUAAAAGACCAGGGGAGAUCCCCAGUAGUUUUAUUAAAAAGGAAAAAAUUACAAUC